AUGACCUCCACCUCGCCCUCCCCACCUCUUCAGACAAUAUUACAAUGCAGCGACUCGCCGCUCUCCAUGAGCGCCAGCAUUCUCAGCAUCCUGACAUUCUUCCUCGGCGUGGCAGCCUCCUACAUAGCACUUCAAUCCGCAACACGGGGUGCGCCGUCCGAAAUCACGCGGUUGGUGGAUGAACUCCGCUCGACGCAAUCGGAGAUCAAUCGCGUUGCGGGGUACAUAUUUGACGAUACGCAUUAUGGGCCCAUCAAACCCCCACCUGCGGCGACAGGGACGGAUCUAUAUGGUAAAAGUCAUGCGUAUGCGACGGGUGUUGCCAAAAUCAGUAGCGGCGGAACCCACUACGUACCCACCAACGAUGGCUCCCAUGUCUUGUCGGGCAUCGACACCCUAUGGACGGAGACGCAAACGCUACUUUCAUCUUGCAUACGCCUAUUCUACGAGACAGACAGGCUGCUCAAGCGGUCGAACUCCGAUAGCUCGCGAUGGGAUCCAGAUGGGUUGAGAAGGAGAAUCGUCUUCGUGAUGAACAGGCAUAAAGUAGACGAGAAGAUCCAGCGGCUAGCGGAGCAGAAGCAGAAACUUGCAAGUGUGCAGAUGAGCUUGUUCAUGCGAAAAAGCACUGCUCAAGAUGCGCUCUUGGCGGACAUGCUGAUGAAGCUGGAGAAAAUGGAGGAGAUGCGGAAAAGGCGUUCACAAUGA